GCCAGAUUCAGCAUGCACACACACAUAGGGCCCUUGGAUGGACCCUGUCCCCUCCUCUCUCAUUGUGCGGGCCUGUCUACCCAACCUGACUCUCCAGACUUCAGUCUCCCUCUUAGCCUGGGAUCUGCAUAUCAUCUAGGGACCUUCAGUCCAGCUCCAGUGCUAUUAUGACAAAGGAGUAUCAAGAUCUGCAGCACUUGGACAGUGAGGAGAAUGACCAUCAUCAGCUCCGGAGAAGGCCGCCUUCCACCAAGCCGCUCUUGCGGCGCCUGUGCUCUGGAUCCCGCCUCCUUCUGUUCUCCCUGGGCCUCAGUCUCCUGCUGCUGGUGGUAGCCUGUGUGAUCGCAUCCCAAAACUCUCAACUGCGGAGGGAUCUGCUGGUCUUGAAGGAGACUUUCCACAACUUCACUGUGAGCACUGAAGCCGAGGUCAAGGCCCUGAGCACCCAGGGAGGCAGUGUGGGAAGAAAGAUGAAGUUGCUGGAGUCCCAGCUGGAGAAACAGCAGAGGGAACUGAGUGAAGAUCACUCCAGCUUGCUGCUCCACAUGAAACAGUUUGUGUCUGACCUGCGAAGCUUGAGCUGUCAGAUGGCUGUCCUUCAGGGCAAUGGCUCUGAAAGGACCUGCUGCCCCAUUAACUGGAUGGAGUACCAAGACAGCUGCUACUGGUUCUCCAGCUCUGGGAGGUCUUGGCUUGAGUCUGACAAGUACUGCCAGCUGGAGAAUGCCCACCUGGUGGUGGUGACCUCCUGGGAGGAGCAGAAAUUUGUCCAGCACCACAUGGGUCCUAUAAACACUUGGAUUGGCUUAACUGACCAGAAUGGGCCCUGGAGAUGGGUGGACGGAACUGACUAUGAGAAGAGCUUCAAAAACUGGGCCCCAGAGCAGCCAGAUGACUGGUAUGGGCAUGGACUUGGAGGAGGAGAGGACUGUGCCCACUUCACUCCAGAUGGUCGCUGGAAUGAUGACAUCUGCAAGAGGCCCUACCGCUGGGUCUGUGAGACAGAGCUGAACAAGACCAGCUAGGAGCCUCCUUCCCCUUAAUUUAUUUCCUUAAUGCUUUGAGAUGCUGGGGUUUGGAACUGGGAAGGAUGAUGUUUGAAGAAUGUAGUAUCCUGGUUGGUGGGGGGAGGUUAUUGAAACCCAUGACACUUUGUGUAGUGUGACGCUUACUACUGUCAAUUUUUUUUAGAAUAAAAGAAGAGAAAUACACUUAAAUGAC